GAAGGAGGAAGCGCCUCACUAUUAAGGCCGACGUAUACUGCCUUGUGCCGACUCCGGGGAGGAUGCAGCCAGCAAUACAGCGACGCAGCUUCAUAUCUCCGCCGAGGAGGAACAGCAGGAGCGGAAGGGAACGGCUGAGGCUGUUGCGGGGAGGGAGCCGAGGACCGCUGCACACACUGGUCUGCGCAUCGCUUGGAGGAUGCCUCAUUGUCUCACUGGUCGUCCUGUUGACUGCGGUGCCGGGCCCUUUCUCCCUCCUCCACCAACGGUCACACGCCUGUCAGCCGAGCCAAGAAACCACAGUGGAUGCGCGGAUUCUGCAGGACAACGACAAGGACGGCCAACCACCGCCCCAGCACCAGCAGCAACACCAGCAGCAGCUUACACCAAUCGAGGCUGAGCGGUCGGCGGCGGCCGCGUUGGUGGCGUAUCUGGUGCAGAGCAUUAACGACUAUGACAGGGAGGUCCAGGCCGUGGCGGAUUGCGACGAGAGGACCUUCCGGGCCCCGACGGCUGCCGGCAGCCCGGAGCGGCUGUUGUCGGUGUGCGUGCCGCGGACGAUGAAUUUGGUGAGCGAGUCGCUGAGGCGGGAGAAGGGGGAGUGGGAGAAGCCUCAAACCAUGGCCAUCGCUGACAAAAUGAGGGUACAAUGGGGCAGGCAGGAGAGGGGACAGAGCGCAUGGAGUGUGUCAGUUGUAUUUCAGGAGUGCGGGUCCCCCGGCGACGCUCGUUGUGUGUUUGUGGAUGUGGGCGUGGAGGAGGGAUGGUACGCUCUCAAUAUCGCAGCACUGGGGUAUAAAGUCAUCGGUACAAAGAGACAGACACGAAAAUGGACACAAACACAGAUACAUAUAGCUCCGUAUGAUGUUGCUCUGUGCAACCUCUUGCAUCACUGCAUCUGGAUGUGUGUCUGUAUGUGUGGUGUAGGUUUCGAGGCAAUGCUUCGCAACGUAUACGCGACCACCAGGUCCGCACACCUGCCCGCCAACAGCUUUGAGGGCUCCGCCAUCCCGGAUAUACAAAUAUACCCAUUUGCAGCGGGAGACAAAUACGAGAGGUAAGAGUAGAUGGCCCAGCACAGUGAGUACAGAGACGACACAUUUCGUGACGUGUGGUGGGUUUCGGUGACUGUACAGGUGCGUCGUCGCCUCAAGUAAGUGGUACUGACCUUCUCGUGCCAACAAGCUUCACUGUACCUUGUGUACGUUGGCUGGUGGAUUGGUCUGUGAUUCCUGCAUCCGCUCACUCUUCCGCUGUGCAGAUCCCAGGAACACCCUCGACGGUGACAAGUCGCACAUAUCGAGGGGUCAUUCUGCCUGCGAUCGAUGCCUGCCUGUGUCCAUUUGUGCCUGCAGGUCACACGCUGUGCGGCGCGAGCAACACCUCCCAUGUGCUCGAGAGGGCCAACCUCACCAGGCGACACGAUGUAAUGGAUGGAUGGAACAGGGAAACCAGUGCCUGUGACCGUGUGUUUCCGUGUGUGUGGAUGGUGGAUGGACGUGUAUGUGCAGGUGCAGACGGUGCUGCUCGACGACAUGCUGGCUGAUGUGUCGCCAUGGAUGAUGAAACUGGACGUCGAGGGAGCCGAACUCAAAGUACUCAGAGGUAGGUGCGCUAAGCCAGACGUAUCAGUGUGGCAUUUUUCUCUGUGUGGCAUGUCAAUCAGGUGCCCGUGAGGUGCUGAAGCGAGUCAAAUACGUGUUCCACGAAGCAUCCAGGUAGCAUUGUCAGCAACGCCCUGCAACCAUUGGCACUUAUGUCUCUUGUAUCGUCCACGACAGAGAGUUGCUAGAGGAGAAGGGCGACACGCCCGAGGAGUUGCUCGACUUCUGGAAGGCCAUGGGGUUCUCCUGCCGGCCGUUCCAGUUCUCGCGUGAGGACCUCCGCACCGUCUUCAGGAGACGACGCUUUAUGGCAGACAUCCUCUGCACAAACCUCAAAUUCGUUAGCCUAUACACAUAGCAUGACACGGCCGACAUGCUCAGUGGUUCGGCCGGUGGGUGGGAUGUGAUGCGACGUGAGGCGCUGAUGCACAAAUGGUGCAAGUGAUUUGAUCGGCGUGUUGCUGAGUGAGAAGUGAUUUGAUCG